CAUCCACAUCCACCACAGUCCACACAGAGAUGGACGGUAUCUCUCCCUUUGCCUCAUCUACACCAUGGGUUCUUUCCGACGAAAAUAUCAGAGUUAUGCGCUUUGUGGUUGGAAUUCUGGGGAAUGCUGCUUCUCUACUACUUUACACGGCACCCAUACUAACUUUUAAGAGGGUGAUAGAGAAGAAGAGCACACAAGACUUUUCCUGCAUUCCAUACAUCGCCACCCUGUUGAACUGUUUAGUUUAUACGUGGUAUGGUUUGCCGGUGGUGAGCCACCAGUGGGAAAAUCUCCCAGUUGUCACCAUCAACGGCGUGGGGGUUCUUUUCGAGAUCUCUUUCGUCCUCAUUUACUUCUGGUUUUCUUCAACAAGAGAAAGGAAUAUUUUUUGUUUGAUAAUGCUACCAGCCAUCAUCAUGUUUUGCUCUGGUAUGAUAGUCUUGACUUUUGCAUUGCAUGAUCGCCAUUACCGCAAAGCCAUUGUUGGGGGUAUAGGAUUACUGCUCUCUAUUACAAUGUAUGGUUCUCCACUGGUGGCUGUGAAGCAAGUGAUCCAAACAGAGAGUGUGGAAUUUAUGCCCUUUUACUUGUCCUUCUUUUCAUUCCUCACAAGUUCACUUUGGAUGGCAUAUGGUCUACUUGGCCAUGAUCUUCUGCUAGCGUCCCCAAAUCUGCUAGGCUGCCCAUUAGGCAUCCUCCAGCUUCUCCUAUAUUUUAACUUGUAAGUACAGGAAAAGGAUGAGAAUACUUGAAUAACAUUACAAGAUUGAUUUAGAGCAGAAUUCAGAAAAUUUUCAAUGUCGUCACCCUUUGAUCAGAAAGGUCUAAGCAAUUUUCUCUUUCGAGUCUCCUCAUAAGAUCAUUAUCUUCUUGGUGCUUGGGACAAGUGAAUGGUUAUCCAAAAUAGUAUAUUGUGAUUCUUGCAAGGAGAAAUUGUAGAGUUGCACACUUUUAUUUUUCCUUAUCAAAAGCGUCUGCAUCACAAAUGUUUUGAGAAGCUGCACAGUUGU